GCAGCCGGACCUUGACAUCGGGAGUGCGGCAGGAGUGGAAGAAGAUGCCAGACCCGCGGGCGCCGGGGGUGCUCCCUUUGGAGGGCUCGGGCGGGCCACGUGGUGCAGCGCCUCCGCAGAAACCUCCGGAUGCCAAGGAAUCAACGCAGCCCGCCGAGGUGGACGCGGCCCAGGUGGACACGGCCCGGAAAAAGUGCCUGGCGCGGCACGACAGCGAAUCAGAAGAGCAACGCGCAGAGCACAUUGCCAAGGCGACGAAGGAGGCGCUCAAUAACAAGCUGAUUACCACGAAUGACACCAUGAACCCCCGCAGCGUGCGCUUCCUGGUCAAGUCCUGGCAUCACACCAUCCAGCAGUUGAAGGCAGCGCGGAAGGAGCAAUGUGCUGCCGAAUUUCUGGAGGGCCUCGGUCCGCACAACAAGUUGUACCCGAAGUUCUUGGUGCAAGAGCUGCUCAAAAUGCCAGUGUGGCCGGGGCUCGCUGAUUUGCCUGACACACUUGUGGCCAUCGAGGCAGAGGUCCCAGGGCUCAUCCCGCCCCUGGGGAAGGUGAUCGGGGACUUCAAUCGCGCAGUGGAGGAGUCGGACAAGAACGGCGCGGACAUCAUGGACCACGAGCUGGUGAAGGCGUUGGAUCUCUCGAUGAGGUCAGCAUUCUUUCUAUCGCCCUUGUACGCCUCCUUCCUCGAGGGACGUUGGGGGAACAGGCUCGCGGAGGCCAUGGGCGCGAAGGGGCCCCUGUGCGAGCGGAGCCCGGCGCGCUUGGCGAUGCUCCUGGAGGGCGCCCAGGACCCAGAGAAGAAGAACCUCUUGGAGUUUGCAAUGGUGUUCAUCGCCAAAGCGGGCGGUGAAGCGCGCCUCCGUUGGUUGCUCGAGGAUGCGCCUGACCGCUUGGCCAGGCUGGAGGCGUGGGGGCCGACCCACGAGUGGUGCAAGCUCAUCCCCUUCUUCAGGGCCAAGGCGGAGUGGGCCGAGAUUUCGGCGCAGGCGGUGCUUGCAGCGGCAACGGCUUUGUUCGGGAUUGGCUUCGACGUGGAUAAGUUGCCUUCGAAGGUCGCCUCGGGCGCGCUGAAGGAUCUCAGCCGCGUCAAGGAGCUCGAGGCGCGCCCCGUCACCAAGCGGGCCUUGGCGGAGAUGUGCUGCCUGCGCUUGGGUUGCAAGCUCGAACGAAUUGCGGACAGCGACAAGGGGGCGAUAUUGACCGUCGCCAAUGCGCGCCAGCACGACGCACUGUGCGUCAUGGCCGGGACCUACAUGCGCAAGGCCAAGAAGAGUGCCAACGCCGACUUGUUCUGCAUCCAGGAGUUGGCUGCCGUCGGCGCCAACGUCGGCCCUGCAGGAGAGGCCCCUGCGACGCCCGGCGGGCCGGCAGGGGGCCCUGCGCCGGCAGGCGGGGGCCAAGCGUCAGACGGCCUGAGCGACGAGGUGCGGCAGCAGAUCAGGCUGCGCCGGGAGGAGGCGAAGCGGAGGCAGGCCGCUCGCCAGGCCCAGGCGGAGAGUGCCAGCGGGAGUGCAGCAGGAUCCACGAAGGCAGAGGUCGCCGAUGGCAGCCCCGCGGCGGGGGCGCAGGACAUCGUCGUCGGGGCGUUCGUCACCCUCAGCGCCACCAAGUUCAAGGAGAAGUACGACGGCCACACGGCAGAGGUCCUGGCGGUCAAGCCGAGCGCGGCCAUAAUCCGGUUGACCACUGGGCCAGCCACGGGGGAGACGCUGGAGAGGCCGUUCACGCAGUUGAAGCUCUCCUCUGGCGGCCCGAAGGAGGCCGCCGACGGAGCGGGCCCCGGGCCCGUUGCAGGGGGGCCCGGGGAGACGAAGGAGGACAAGAAGCGCCGGGCCGAGGACAAGGCCACGGAGUUGUUCGGCAAGUUGGAUGACUGA